AGGCCGGAGCUCAUUCGGGGCCACUGCGCCCUCGUGGCCACGCCCGCCCGCGUUUUCAUUGGCUGAGGAGGAGUUGGACUCGUAACAUCCGGGCGCUCUUGACCAGCCGGACGAGCCGUCGUCGUCAGGGGGUAGCGGACCAGAGAGGGAACCGCCCCUGUUGUCCAUCUCUGCAGACCUUCGGCGCCUUUCCUCGCAUCUUGGCAGACCAUGGCCGAACCACCAGUGGAAGAAGAGGGUGAGGAAGCAGCUCAAAGUCAACCCAAGCAGGAGCCAACCCAUCAGGCCACGGUGGCAGCCAAGAACUUAGCCAUUUUGAAGGCCCGGUCAUUUGAUGUCACCUUUGAAGUGGGGGAUGAGUAUGAAGUCAUUGAGACAAUUGGCACCGGAGCUUAUGGCGUGGUGAGCUCAGCACGGCGCAGGGACACAGGCCAGCAGGUGGCAAUCAAGAAGAUCCCAAAUGCCUUUGACGUGGUGAUGAAUGCCAAACGUACCCUCCGGGAGCUAAAAAUCUUGAAGCAUUUCAAGCAUGACAACAUCAUUGCCAUCAAGGAUAUCCUGAAACCCUCCGUGCCUUAUGCUGAAUUCAAGUCCGUGUAUGUGGUGCUAGACUUGAUGGAGAGUGACCUACACCAGAUUAUCCAUUCCUCACAGCCUCUCACCUUGGAGCAUGUGCGCUACUUCCUCUACCAGCUCCUCCGAGGCCUUAAGUACAUCCACUCGGCAAACGUCAUCCACCGAGACCUCAAGCCCAGCAACUUGCUGAUCAACGAGAACUGUGAGCUGAAGAUCGGUGACUUUGGGAUGGCCCGGGGCCUCUGCACCAAGCCGGUUGAAUACAAGUACUUCAUGACAGAGUACGUGGCCACUCGCUGGUACAGAGCUCCCGAGCUGAUGCUGUCCCUGCACGAGUACACACAGGCGAUAGACAUGUGGUCCGUGGGGUGCAUUUUUGCAGAGAUGCUCGGGCGGAAGCAGCUCUUUCCCGGGAAAAACUAUAUCCACCAGCUGCAGCUGAUCAUCACCGUCCUGGGCACUCCUCCUGCAAAAGUGGUCCACUCCAUUGGUGCUGACCGGGUGCGUGCCUACAUCCAGAGCUUGCCAUCCCGCCAGCCAGUGCCGUGGGAGAGCCUCUACCAGAAUGCCGACCGGAAAGCCUUGUCUUUGCUCUCCAAGAUGCUCCGCUUCGACCCACGCGAGCGCAUCUCUGUCGUGGAGGCCUUGAACCACCCGUUCUUGGCGAAGUAUCACGAUCCAGAUGAUGAGCCAGACUGCGUCCCGGCUUUUGAUUUCGACUUUGACAAGCAGGUGCUCACCAAGGAACAAAUCAAGGAAGCCAUCGUGGCCGAAAUCAAGGACUUCCAUGAGCGCCGGGAAGGCAUCCGGCGGCAGAUCAGUUUCAAGCCCGCUCUUAGGCCAGCAGUUGUGGACGGCUGCGGGGAUGAUGCCGCCAACCAGGCGCUGCUGCUGCGCUGCAAUGACAUAGACAUGCCCAGCGCUGGUUCUCCAAGGGCCGGAGAUGGUGAUUACGCGAUGGCCUCUCCUGUACCCUACCCAGCAGAGACAAUUGACUUCGCCUCUCCUCUUAUGCCAUCCUCUGUCGCGCAGCCGGAAGUAAAGGCUGAGGUGGAGGCCCCUGCUGCCCCACCGAAGCGGGAAGGGGCCAUCUCGGACGAUACCAAGGCUGCUCUGAAAGCCCUCAUCUUGCAGUCUGCGCUCCGGAAUAAAAACAAAGAUACACCUUCCUCUGUCCCAGAAACUCCCGAUAUCCGGAGACCAGUAACGGCAAAGGAACGCCAGCGUGAGAGAGAGGAGAAACGUAAGCGGCGCCAGGAGCGGGCCAAGGAGCGAGAGAAGCAGAAGAAGGAGAAGGAACGGGAACACAAGGACAUGCUGACCGAGAACGACCGGAACCUUCUGGAAAGGUGGACCAAGAUGGUAGACCGCACCCAGAACAAGCCAACCCAAAAUGGGUCUGUGGUCUUGCCCCAGAUAACCACUGCCAGUCACGUCCUGCCUUUGGUUCCUGCUGCCAAGCCCUCGAGCUGUGCCGCUUCUACCCCUUCCUGUAACACCCCAGCCCCCUCCGAAUUCCUUGCUUUCUCUGACAAAGCAGGGCCUGGCCUUGCCCCCAAGCUCACUCUCGUUCCAGUGGGGACUGAGCUAGCAUCAGUCCAGGCCUCCAACGCCAACAUUGUUCGCUUCUUCCCAGCGCAGACUGCCCCCUUCGUGGUCGCCACCCCGGCUUGCCCCAAAGCCAUCCCUGCCAAGUCUGAGUGCCUCCUGAACGUCAAGUAUGCCCCAAGCCAGAUCUUCCAAGGUCCGUAUGGCGUGACGGCCCUCAAUGCUUGGCGUAGCGUCUCCCAGCCCGAGAACUGGGCUGUUCCUGGGCAACUGCCUGUCGGCCAGCCUGAGGUGGCACCCUCUGGGCCAUUGCCAGAACCGGUGGUCAGCUUUGUGGCAAGAGCUGGGACGGAUCAACCUCUGUUCCUGCCUGGGAUGGGGAAGUCUGAACUGCCGCCGCAGGGGCUGACCAGAGAAGAAGCUAGAGGGUCUCCUCAGUCCCAGGUGGCAUCAGGACUAUCUUCGGAGUCUCCUGACAUCAACGUGGUCACCCAGCAGCUGUCAAAAUCUCAGGUGGAAGAUCUCCUGCCUCCUGUCUUCUCUGGAACACCCAAAGGCAGUGGUGCUGGUUAUGGGGUUGGAUUUGACCUGGAAGAAUUCCUGAAUCAGUCUUUUGACAUGGUGGGGGAGAACAGAGAGAGUCAAGGUGACUCUGCUCCACUGUCAGCCUCCCUUCUCGCUGAUUGGCUGGAAGUCCAUCGCAUGAACCCUGCCGACAUGGAGUCCCUCCAGCAGGAACUGCAGCUGGGCUCUCCCAUGAUCCUCUCUGACAUUCCAGACCUCCAAGAUGCAUGAGAAGCAGAGAUGCUGUUGGCCAACGUCUUCCUCUUCGGUCUCUUUUUUAAAAACGUUAGAGUGGAUGUGAAAGAUCAAGGCGAUUUCCCUUCUUGAUGACUUGGGCUGGAAAUGUCACCACAGUGCCUGUGCAUUUCUGUUAUUUUGCUUUAAAGCAAAGGUGGACUGGGCUGAUGUUUAGACUGGAGGCCUUUUGCAAUAAGAGUUGAGGUGGACUUGGUGCCACACUGCCCUCUGCGGGUACGUUGAAAGACACAGGACUGAAAACUGCUCCAGAAGGGCCUCUGGCAACAACACUAAAGGAAGCAUUAUCUGUUGCCUUGGAAAUAGGCGUCCAGUCAAUUUCUUCCUUGACCCCACACUGUGUUUUCCUUACCUCAUGGCCUAUAAGCAUGGAUAAUGUUUUCUGCUUAGAAUAUUGAAAGCUCUUUGAAAGGGCAGGAUUCAUGUAAAACAUGUUCUCCAGGUCUUUUCAUAAAAAAGAGAAACAUAGAAGUAUCAAAUCCAGCCUUCUUCUGUAGGCAACUUUUUUCAAAUCGGUGUGUCCAAGUGUAUUGGAUUUCAGCUUCCUUAGUCUUUCCUUCAGUCCUCUCUUAGAUAUGCUCUCCCUUCAAACGUCAGUUUCAGUCCUCCGUUAAGCGGGAAACCUUGCUGGGUGACUUGGGGGCAGUCACUCUCUUUCAGCCCAACCCACCUCCCAGGAUUGUGGGGAAAGUCGGUGGGAGCCUGAUGGACAUCACUUUGAGUUGUACAAAAUUAAGUGGUGGUGGGGAUAUAAAUCUAAUAAUUAAAUAAUCCUGUGGCUGUUAGGGAUUAUGGAAGCUGAAGUUCAUGUACAUCUGGAAGGCACAGGUGGGGAAGUUUCUUUUUAAUAGCAUGCUUUGUCCUGCACUGUGAAACAGAUGGAUUAUAAACUUCUGGGGAUCAAACGAACUGUCUUGUCUUGGAUUAGGCCAGUGGGUUAUCCAACCUCAUAUGCUGUAUUCUGACCAGCUAUACCUCUUCAAGAUCUCAGAGAGAGGUUUUUCCUGACUUUCUUCAACUGGAAAUACCAAGAAUUGAAGCUUCUGCCUUAUACGCUACAGUUUUUGCUGUUCUGUUAUUUGGUUACUACUGUGGUUGCCCAAACUAAUGUUCUGGAGAACGUGGAAACUGCUGUCUUAAGUGGUGAUGUGGGGAGAGAACAGAAAGGCCCACAGAUUCCAAUGGAAAAGAGACAUAAGUGUAAAGGGCUUCCUUGGCCUCACUUCAAGGUGCCAUAUUGUCAUGCAGAAGAAGCCUUUGAAAUUAUGAUGGAGGAGAGAGAAGUCCUAGAAAUGUAGGUUUUCUCCUUUGUUGGUGUUACAGUGACAGUAAUUGCCCUGAAGCAAGGCAACCUUCUGCUUAUAAAGUGAAGAUAUGCAAUGUUGAAUGGUGCCUACACUCAAGGUUUUGAGGACAGAGAUUGCGCAGCUCUUUCUUCUACUUUGUGUGGGGUGUGACUGUCCUACCAUUACCUGCAGUAUUGUCUAUUUCUGAGGGAAGUGACAACCUCUCCCUCCAAUUCAUACAGUUUCUGCCCUGUGUCUGCUGUACCAGGAUCUCUUUUAGAGCCUUCUGUGUGUUCAAGGUAGCUGAGCAAGGCUUGUUCCAGCAUCCUGGUUACCACUUGCCAUAUGAACGUGCCUCUGGACAGUGGCCAUGUAACAAUGUCUCCGUAAGACUGGCACUACCAUAUCUUGUCUGCAGAAACCUGGAUGACCCCUAAGUGUCAGCAGAGAAUUUUGGUUUCCCUUUACUGUCAUCUAGUGUUUUGUGGCCCAAAUAUAGUAGUCCUGAUAAGGCCAGCGUGGUCUACCUUCGUAGAGGGGACAGCUUGCAUAUUCAACCUGGUGACUAGCAUGGCCUGCCACUAUAAUGUGUGUGUAUGUAUUUGUGUAUGUAUUUGUGUGUGUAUCUUUCAUCAUAUCAAAUUGGGUUAAAAUGUUUCUGCUUGGGUAUGCCAGGUAGGUGAGCUUUGGUUAACAAACCCUGAAUCUCUUAAGCUGCCAUCUUGCCAGUGCAGGGGUUACUCCAUAGGGGACUUUGUGACCAAGUGUUCUGUGGAGCUGCCUGAAUUUUCUCAUACCUCCAGUUCAAGGUUAGGUUCAUCUAACAGUCAAGCCAUCCUGUGGUUUGGUUCUGGUUGUGGGAACCUAUUGCAGCUUAAAUACCAUAGCUUAGCAUGUUGAGCCAACUCAUUCAAUUGUGAAGGGCUUUUUUUUUUUUCAAUGAAUCAUGGUUAAGCAUGGUCCAUCAAAGAUGUGAGAAGGAGAAUCUUACCUGAGUGUAAUUCUCUCUGGACUUGAUGGGACCUGCUUUUGGAUAGAUGUGGUAUUUGUAUUGCUGAAAAAACAGCAAUGAUCAAAGACCCCUAGAAAUGCUUUUGCAAGAUUUGUUCCUUUGGAUGUGGCUGUCCCAAGACUUUAUUUACUUACCUUAACAUUUAGAAGGUUUUUACUGUAACCCCACGCCCCCACGUCUCUAGACCAAAAUCUUGGGUGGAGAGGAGCUGUUGUGUUCCUCUACAACAGUGUUUCUUAACACUCUCCCUCAAGACCCUCUCAGGGGUCCUCAGAAUCAAAAUUAUUUGCCAGCUUCUGUUGAAAAAUAUAAUAUUAAAAUCCCAUCAAACUAUUAUGGGAAGCAGUAGCGGCAGCAAAUGCAUCAAUUUUAAUUUUUAAUACGGCAAAUAUUGAUCAAUAUAACCCAUACAAACAAAAGCUCUUUGGGGGGUCCUCCAUAAUUUUUAAAAGUAGAAAGGGGUCUUCAGAGAAAAUUUAAGAAAUCCUGCUCUAUGGAAAUACAUAUUUUGUAUAGUAGAGAGCCUCAUUCCCCAGUUUGUAGAGUCCUGCUAGUAAAACCAUUCGCUCUCCAGUUAACUUGGAAUUACCUGGAAUCAGUUGGUCAGACUUCCCUGUUGCUUCAAAAGUAACAAAAGAGUGUCCUCACCCCCACCCCCCCAAUACUUAGAAGGCCAGUUUGUUACACUAAUCCCACAUCACACCUGAUUGCCUUUCACUAUGGGUGUGUGUUUGUCAGGUGUGGAUUUGAAAGCUGAUAUAUGGAGACUGUGGGUGCUUCUGGGACCAAUACACAACCCACCUCUGAAGAUCCAGAGGUCAGAUUUGGGACUCAGCCUUGGGUGCAGUUUUGAAUUAGUAGGUGAAACUUGUUUGGAGUGCUUUGAGAGUUGUGUCCGUUAACUGUGGUGCCUUUGUGGUGUACUUUUUUUUCUCCAGUGAUGUCUUAGGAAAAACAAAAAAAGAAAUGUUCAUUAAACUUUCUAUUAAAAUGGUGAUUUAUAAAA